AUGAACGUGCCUUCCACGCAGCGUGGAGAGCCAUGUGGCCCGAUUCUCCAAAGUCUGUGGGACUACGUGAGGAGUGAACACGAGGGGGUCCUUCUCUCCCCUCACCUGCCCGUGUUUUGCGCCUUCCUCACCCACGUCGCGUUUUGCACACCUUUCCUGGUCCUGGAUCUGCUGGCCGGAUUCAGUCGGCGGUUUCGUGCGUGGAGGAUUUACGCCGAGGAGCCACUGCCGCCGUUUCGCGCGUGGUUGAAGUGUCUGUGGAAGUUGGCGGUCCAAUACCUGACCGUCGUGCUCCCCGUUUCCGCCCUACUCCAAAUGCCGAGAUGUCCCCCUCGACUCCCCGGGAGGUCUCCAACGAGCUGGCAGCUUUUUGUGGAUGUCUUUGCCUGUUUUCUGCUUUUUGAUUCGCUCUUUUUCUUUUGGCAUCUCAGCAUGCACAGGUUCCCUUGGUUGUACCGCAACAUCCACCAACAACACCACCAGCACCGGGUUCCCUUUGCUCUGCAGGCCCAAGAUGCCAGUACCUCCGAGCUGCUCUCUCUGCUGCUGCUAGCCCGAAUCAGUGCCUUUUUGGUGAACUGUCACCCCAUGAGUGAGAUCCUCUUCCACAUCCUCAACACCUGGCUGGCGGUGGAGGACCACUGUGGCUACAAUCUGCCCUGGGCUCUGCACAGACUACUACCUUUUUUGGGCGGAGCUCCACACCACCACACUCACCAUAGACGGCACAAUGUCAACUUUGCACCCUAUUUUACCCACUGGGACCACAUUUUUGGCACAUAUAGAUCUACGCAACAAUUUUUGCAUCCAGAAGUAAAAUAA